CAGAGGAGGAGGAGGAGGAGGAGGAGGAGGACGACGACGACGACGACGACGACGACGACUACGAAGAGGAGGAGAAGAAGAAGGAAGCAGGCGCAGCUGCAGCUGCAGCGGCUUCCUUAGGAAAGCGGCUGGCGGGCGUCCGAGGUGCUCGCCCCUUUUGCCUGGCGGGCUUGCAUUGCCGGCGGGCCGGGAGUAGUUUGUAUGGGGUGUUGAAAAAUCUCUUCUUGCUUUGGAAGGCUGAAUGGGCUAAACAUGAAGAGCUUGAAAGCAAAGUUCAGGAAGAAUGAUACCAAUGAGUGGAAUAAGAAUGAUGAUCGACUGUUGCAGGCCGUGGAGAAUGGAGAUGUGGAGAAGGUGGCCUCCCUGCUGGGCAAGAAGGGUGCCAGCGCCACGAAGCAUGACAGUGAGGGCAAAACUGCUUUCCACCUGGCUGCAUCAAGAGGGCAUGUGGAGUGCCUCAGGGCCAUGGUUACCCACGGAGCAGAUGUGACAGCACAAGAUACUGCAGGACACAGUGCUUUACACCUGGCGGCCAAGAACAGUCACCCUGAGUGCAUUAAGAAACUUCUUCAGUCUAAAUGUCCAGCAGAGAACACUGACAAUUCUGGAAAAACAGCUUUACACUAUGCAGCGGCACAUGGAUGCCUCCAAGCAGCUCAGAUUCUCUGUGAGCACAAAAGCCCUGUUAACCUCAAGGAUUUGGAUGGAAAUAUACCUCUGCUUCUCGCAGUACAGAAUGGCCAUACAGAAGUGUGCCGCUAUCUCUUAGAUCAUGGAGCAGAUGUCAAUUCCAGAGACAAAAAUGGAAGAACUGCUCUUAUCCUGGCUUGUGAAACUGGCAACUCCAACAUAGUGGAAGCCUUAAUUAAAAAGGGUGCAGACUUAAACCUCGUGGAUUCUCUUGGACACAAUGCCUUACAUUAUUCCAAACUCUCAGAAAAUACAGGAAUUCAAAGCCUUCUAUUAUCAAAAAUCUCUCAGGACACUGAUGUAAAGACUCCGACAAAACCAAAGCAGCAUGAUCAAGCCUCUAAAAUAAGUUCAGAAAGAAGUGGAACUCCCAAAAAACGCAGAGCUCCACCACCUCCUAUCAGUCCUUCCCAGUUGAGUGACCUGUCUACACCACGUUCAGUAACUUCAACCCCAUUGUCAGGAAAGGAACCGGUCUUUUUCCCUGACCAAUCUUUCAAGCAGGAAGAGGUCAGCUCUCUUCGGGAUAACAAAGACCGCCUGAGUGAUAGUACUGCAGGUGCUGAUAGUUUAUUGGAUGUGAGUUCUGAAGCCGAUCAACAAGAUCUUCUCGUACUCUUGCAGGCAAAAGUCGCUUCUCUUACCCUGCAUAAUAAAGAGUUACAAGACAAAUUAAAGGCCAGAACACCCAAGGAGGUAGAGGCAGACAUAAGCACUGAUUCUUACCAUUCUACCCAGACUGACUUGGUCCCAUUAACAGAUAAACCAAGUGAAAACUCAGCCUUUGUUUUAACCCAUACUUUGAGUAAAGCCACUAGCAGCAGUGACAUAAAAAUACAGCAGCUACAGGAAGUUUUACAGGAUGUGCAGAUGAAACUGGAUAGCUCAGAAGCUGAAAGGAGGGAGCUGCAAGCCCAGCUCCAAUCUCGAAUUGCAGAAUCAAUUUGUUUAAACAGCUCCGAGAUUUCGGAGAAUGGCUCUGAUCUUAGCCAAAAGCUUAAGGAAACCCAGAGCAAGUAUGAAGAAGCUAUGAAAGAGGUCUUGAAUGUGCAGAAGCAGAUGAAAUUAGGCCUUGUUGCUCCGGACAGCAAAGAUAACAGCUGCUCAGAUCUCCAUGAGCUAAGGUCCUCAGACGAAGCAGUUGAAAAGCUCAAGCAAGAUCUGCAGAAUGCAUUAGAAGAAAGUGAAAGAAAUAAAGAGAAAGUGAGAGAGUUAGAGGGGAAACUUGAAGAAAAGGAGAAAAGUCUCGCCAUCAUGCCACCUGUGGAAGAGUAUGAGAAGAUAAGGAAUUCAUAUUGCUCCAUGAUUGAGAAUAUGAACCAAGAGAAAGCCUUUUUAGUUGAGAAGUACAAUGAUGCUCAAGAGGAAAUCAAGAAAUUACAAGACACAUUGAAAAGUCAGGCACCGCAAGAAUCCAGCGAUGAGGCCGGAGACAUGAAAGAAGCAAUGAACAGAAUGAUUGAUGAACUGAAUAAGCAAGUGACUGAGCUCUCCCAGCUGUACAAAGAAGCCCAGGCUGAACUGGAGGACUACAGGAAGAGGAAGUCACUGGAGGAUGUCACUUCUGAAUAUAUCCAUAAAGAUGAGCACGAGAAACUUAUUCAGGUAACAAACGUGUCCCGGGUGAAAGCUGAAGAUGAGCUAUCUGAAAUGAAGUCCCAGUAUUCAAAGGUAUUGAAUGAAGUCACACAGCUCAAGCAGCUAGUUGAUGCUCAAAAGCAGAACUCUGUAUCCAUCACAGAACAUUUGCAAGUGAUAACCACGCUCCGGAGCGCUGCAAAAGAAAUGGAGGAGAAAAUAAGCAGUCUCAAAGAGCAGCUCGCAGGCAAAGAAACUGAAGUGGUGAAUCUUGAGAAACAUCUUUUGGAAGAAAAAGCUGCAAUGAACGAUGCCAUGGUACCCAGAGCUUCCUACGAAAAGCUCCAGUCAUCUUUGGAAGGUGAAGUGAGUGCAUUGACAUCUAAGUUGAAGGAUUCGGUGAAAGAAAGAGAGAAGGCAUCCUUGGAGGUGGCUCAGGUGAGAAAUGAGGUCUCACAGAUAAAAAGGGAAAAGGACAGUAUUCAAAAUCUACUGAAAACUAAGGAACAGGAGGUAAAUGAACUUCAUCAAAAGUACCAGCAAGCCCAAGAAGAACUUACAGAAAUGAGAAGAUAUUCUGAGAGCUCUUCAAAAUUGGAAGAGGACAAAGACAAGAAGAUAAAUGAGAUGUCCAAGGAAGUCAUCAAAUUAAAGGAAGCUUUGAAUAGCCUAUCUCAGCUUUCCUACUCUACCAGUGCAUCCAAGAGGCAAAGCCAGCAGCUGGAAUCCCUGCAGCAGCAAGUGAAACAGCUCCAGAAUCAACUGACGGAGUCCAAGAAACAACACCAGGAGAUUGUCUCAGUUUACAGAAUGCAUCUUCUGUAUGCUGUACAGGGUCAGAUGGAUGAAGAUGUCCAGAAAGUACUGAAGCAAAUUCUCACCAUGUGUAAAAACCAGUCCCAAAAGAAGUGAGAUGGAUUCUCCAGGACUCAGCACCAACCCCUCAUAUUUGCCAUAUUUGCCUUAAAGCAGGAGUUAGGGUUGGCAGUCACUGCCAUUUUUCUCAUUUGUUGUGUGCACUGUGAGUUCACAUAGCUGCCCUCUCAGCUUCUUCCUUACACAAGGAUUUCUGAGGACUGUCCCCAAUAGAAGACCUUCCAUUCUUCAGAACUGUCUGUUGACUUGAAGACCUAAAGUACCAGCCUUGUGAUGAGUUGAGGCUGUUUAAUCCAGAUCUUGGUGCUGGCUGAUGCCACACCUGGUUUGUGUCUAUGGGGCUAAGGGACGUCACUGAGGUGGUCUCUUGGGUGGUGGUGGUGGUGGCUGCAAACCCCUGAAGGCCCUGGUGUUAGUCCUAGUUAUUGCAAAUCAUGUGGUGAAUGCUGUUGGAACUUCUUUUCCCAUGGCUACCCAUCUACCCCAGCUUUUAGUUAGAAGCACCCAAGAUUUUAGGCUGACAUUAACCCUUAACAUGAUUUAAUUUCUAACCCAAUUAACCCUGGCACUGGUUACAAGGUACACUACAAACCCCCUCAUGUCCUCUGGAUGGAGUACAUACCCAGUUCCCAAUAAUUUUUUUCCUCCUUCUACCUUUCAUCUCUUAGGGCUAUGCUAUUCAGUCCUGCACUUGGAUGAAUAGGAUUAACUAAAAUAUAUAGGUUAAAAACAUAAAUGAGUUGACUUAAAGAUUUUUUUAAAAAACCCUUUAAAUGACACAUUGUAAACAGCCUAUGCAAGCUUGCCUACUACUGUUGUCCAUGAAGCUCAGGAAAUCCAAAUACAUGCUUUUCAACAAGGGAUUACAGUAAACAGUGUGUUUACAACCAAAAGAAAUGCCUCGUAGUUCCUAACCUUACUUUUGUAAAGAUGUUUUUCUCCAUUAUAUUUUUAUUGGCCAUAACAGAUUUUUGGUACCUAAGUCAUUUACUACAUAAAAUCUGCAUUUCACUGUGUUAACAAAAUAUUUUAGAUAACCGUGCUUUAGACUUAAAAUGUCUUUGGGUAAAAGUUUUCAGCUGUAGCAAAAUGUCCUAGAACUCUCAGCUCAUCACAAAGCCCCAGCAGAUACUAGGAGGUCUGGCCAUCUGUCUGUGUGCUCUCAGAGCUGUCAAGCAUUUCCUGAUGAACACUGGCCUUGCUCUUUUGGCUGACUGUCAGGACACCAUAACUGCUUACUUUUCCAAACAUUGGGAGUGUAGCUAAUGUUAGUCAAUGAAAACUAGUAAACCCCUGAUAAUAGUCCAGCCUUCAUAUAGUGCAUAGCAAAGAUCUAUGGAAAAAAUACUUUCCUAUUGCUAUGCCAUAAUUGGAAGUUAAAACUUGUCUAACUUGAUUGUAGCUUCACUUAUGGCUUUGUUCUUAACGGGGUAUACAAAUAUUUUUCUUAAAAAAUCUCUAAGGUGUUACGCCCAGAAGCCUGUGUCUGCUUUGACUGAGUGGACAGUGGCUCAAGGCUUACUGGACUCAGUGCUGUUUAGAGCUUAUGCUCUCUAAAACAAUGGCAAAGCAAAAUGGCUUUAAAACUUCCCAUCAAAUAAUAGGUCUUGGUGUUGCUUAAGUUGUUUAAUUAACUGUAAUUUGACAAUUUUGAAAAAGCUCCAAAGAAAUGUGAAAGGACUUUUUUUGGGGGGGGGUCAGCACUUAAGAAAACACACACAAAAAAUUCCAGCACACAUGCUGCAGAAUCUAAAACUUGAGACAUUUUAUAGGAUUCCUGACAAUUUUAGUCUUUUACUUUGUUUCAUUAUGCAUAUUUAUUACAAGUAUCCUGGUUAAAUGUUGAAAAGUUAUACACUAUAGUCUAGCAUUUUUGUCUUUGUAAUUUACAUGAGUUUAUCCAGAAAAUAAACUUUGGU